AUGCCAAUCACCUCACAUCUUCAACAUUUGAUUGUACAACGUUCCGGUAACGUUCGUGGCAUUGAAGUACCUUCAGUAAAGUUGGAAGUGGACGGUGCACCUGUUUAUCUUAAACGACGCGUUCUCUCAUACGGUCAAUGGGAAGGUGUCAUGAAAGCGUUGCAGAAAAUGGAACAGGAUGGUGUGAUAAGCAAAUUUGAAUCCAGUGCCUGGACAGCGCCGAUUGUCGUGGCGAUGAAAAUUGAUGAUAAGACACUAGGGAUCUGUAGAGACAAUCGACUAAGGUUGAAUCCCCGAUUGUGGUGA